GGAGCAGGAGCGAGGUGGGGCACCCCCUCGAAGUUUCCGAGUCUCCUCGCGCCCGGUCCGUCUGGCAGCCCCUGUGGCGGCGGGUGGAGGCGAGAAAGGGCCCCUCCCUGGGAAGAUGGCCUACUACGGAAAGUGCCUGGAGGCUGUGACCGAGCAGCUGGGCCGGUUCAGACCCGAGAAGGACAGCCCGGGGCAGUUCCUGGAGGCCGCGCGCACCUCCCUGCAGGCUCUGAGCCCCCAGAAGCAGGCGUUCAUUUUGGAGGUGCUCUCCGGCUGCAUCGAGUACCGGAAGCUGCUGACCGUCGUGGUGGAUGCCUUCUACGUGCGGGACGGCCGGCUGUGCCUGCGGGCUGACUACAACCUCUUCCAGGUGAUCUGCUACCUGGCCACGUUCCAGCUGGAGGAGCUCGGCUUCCAGCUCUUCUGCAACAUCGUCAGGUCCCAGCCUGCGGACAAGAUGCGCAAGUUCCUUGGGUUCUUCUUCAACCCCUUAAACCUGUGCUCGUGGAUCAAGGACGAGUGGAGCCUCAUCUAUGAGACAGCCCACGUGAAGGACUGGACGGAUCCCCUGCUGAGAUGGCGGCCGGAGGUCCAGGAGCUGCUCAGCCAGCUGGAGGGCCAGUCGGCCAGUCAGCCCCGUCCUUCAAAGGCCAAGGUCACAGAACCCAAGAGCUUCAACCUCACUGUCCCUAGACCCCGUGCCAUUCCAGUGCCCGAGCCUGUCCCUGUCAUGGCCAAGGCAACACCAGCCCCCCAGAGCACCUACCAGCCACCCAUGGAGCCGAAGGUGCUGGAGAUGACCAAGAGAUACAACCGCCGGAGGGCGGAGGAGCUGCUGCUGCGGGCGAACCUGGAGGAGAUGCGGUGUGCAGUGCCCAGGGCCCGAGGGGAGGCCCCCAAGCAGGGCUCCAGGAAGCUGCAGCUCCGGUUCUUGCCCCGGAUUCAUAAGACUCCGAAACUGACCUUCUACAGGCCUAACAAGGUCCCCGUCAAGCUGAACACGGCCACCAUCCUGCGGGAAGGGGCCUUAUACCAGCGGCAGGUGGAGAAGGAGCUGCAGAGAGUGGACAAGCUUGUGGAUGGGGCUGGGGACUUCUCAGAGUUCCUCGAGUGGCAGAAGAAGAUGCAGGCAAAGGACCGGGAGGAGCAGCGGGCUGCGGACGUGUGCCGGAGGCUGCGGGGGAAGCUCAGCCAUGAGGAGGCCGCGCUGGCCCGGCAGCAGCUCCUGCGGGAGAACCGAGACAGGGCCACCCAGAAGAAAGAGGAGAUGGCUGAGCUCAUGCGGCAGCGUGCUGAGAGGCGCCUCCAGGAGGAGAAGUCCCUGAAGGAGCUGGUGGAGCAGGUGGCCGAGGGGCAGAAGAAUGUCAAGGUGGCGCAGAUGAAGCUCCUGAGGGGCCGGCAGCAGACAGUUCAGGAGGUGGCAGAGGAGAGGCGAGCCCGGCUGCAGCGCAGCGCAGCAGAGGCAAAGGAGCAGCAGAGGCGGCGCCGUGAGCUCAUUUCUCAGCUCCGGGCCCUGGAGUCACAGCCCACUCGCCAGGGCAAGCUCGUGGACCUGACCCAGAUCCCUGGGCAUGGCCUGGAAGGAGAGAUGUCCAUCGUGGAGCUGCGUGAACGGCUGGCCCUGCUCAAGGAGGCCCAGCAGCGGGAAGAGGAGGAGAAGCGGGACCAGAUCAUCCAGGGCAAGCGUGCCAAGAGUCAGGAGCUGCAGAACGUGCUGGAGCAGAUCUCGCUGUGCCGCACCGCCAUGGGGCGGUCUGCGGCCUUGAGGUGGGAGGAGAAAAAAGCCACGGCCGCAGAGGCGCCCUCACAGGACGAGCGCGUGCAGGAGCUGCAGCGCCGGAUCGAGGAGAGGGCGGCUGAGCGGCGCAGGCAGGCGGCCGAGCUGUGCGUGCAGGCAACGCGGGCCCCGCGCCCCAAGCCCCAGGCGCAGCUGAAGGCACAGCACUGGCUGGAGCUGGAGCAGAGCCGUGAGCGCAGGCUGCGGGCGAUGGCGGGGAGAGGCUCGGCCUGUGGGCCCGCACGCCCCCUGCAGGCCGCCUGAGUUGGGGGGGGAACUUCCCUGGACCCCGAGACCCCGCCCGGAGUAAAGUGAGCGGCCUGCCUUGUGCACUUCCUUGGCCACCCCCCUUCUGUCCCUCUGCCCGCGCCCCAGUCCCCACCUGCUUGGAGCAGCGUAUUCAGAUAAAAUGCGGGACACCAGAUCGAGACAAACUGAUGUGGAGAGAGUAUCUGCUUUUUAUUUGGAAUUCCAGCCGACCUGGCCCCUGUAUGUUAUGUGUUAAAGAUGGCCACUGGCCCUUCCCCAGGCCCAGCAGGCCCUCUUCUGAGGUCCCAGAGCCCCUCCUGCGAGUGGAAACCUGGAACCCCCACUCUCCACCUGGAGUCCAGUGGUUUUACCUGGGGGCCCCUAAGACUGGGUGUGUGUGUGUUUGGUCGGAGAAGUGGCCAGGAUUCUUGAGCCGCUAGAAACUGGCCCUUCUCAUGCGGCAUCUCACGGAAACCUCGCAGCGGUGAUGGGGGCGGGGGGCAGGGCAGUGAGGACGGCAAAGGAGCUGUCCCCCCCCCCCAUCUGCCUGUAGUCAGAGGUGAAGGGACAUGGCCCCAGAGCCAGAGCCUAAAGCCAAGCCUGGGAACCUCAGAGCAUUGCCCAGCCUCCUCUAGUGUCACCAAGAGAACAAGGUUGGACCACUAGGCACAAGCCUGCCCAGGGACAGACAGGGAUGGGUUUGCUGUCUUGGGUCUUGGGUCUUGCAGCACCAGGCUGCAGAGGGUGUGGCCUUGGGGACAGGCUGGCUGUACUGCCACUCCCAGGAAGAAGGGACAGUAAAGCAAACUGUCAGGGCUAGAAACUGCCAGGUUGGGUAGAUGUCCAGGAGAAAGGUCCCCUCCCCCAUCCUGCCUGGGUCCUCAAAGAAGAUGGCAUCUUGGAGGCUGGGCCCCAGGGCACGUUCUGGUCAGGAAGGUAGGUAUGUCAAAGUGACAAGAACAGAAAGAACGGAGUUCUCCCAUGAUAUUCUGAACAGCAUUAGAACCCCAGGAUUUUCCUACAAUGCAGGCUGGUAAAAAGAGGAAUUUCCCACCCCCUGUCAAAUCAGAGCUGGGAGCAGAUUAAAUUUCAUUCAGAAAAAUA